GAAUACAAUCUAAUGUUGUUUUCAUCUUCCCUCCCAAAGUUCUUGCAUCACAAAUGGACCAGAUGAUAGCAUAAGGAAGCAAUAGAUAAAAUUUUCCAUUCAUGUCAUUGAGACCUCUAGUUUUACAAUCAUUUAGAUUUUGCUAUACAGAGACAUUCAUAAAUCAAGACAUCUUACAUGCUUUUAUAAAAUAAACGACACAUGAAUUGCAUAAGGACAAUGGAAGAAGAUGUGGUUUGCAUCUUCAUUUGCACUCGAACAUAACUUACAUUAGGUAUCUUGAUCUUGAAUGUUUCCGUGUUGCAGAUUAAGAAGAACAUUUAAAGAGUUAUGAGGAGAUGAUUAUAAUAGGACUGAUGCUUUAAGAGAGCCGGGAAUUUUGUUUGUUCAUCCUCGUGGCUGCUCUAAGUUGCAAAUUUGGGACUUGGCAAGGGCUUGCCCGUACCAUCACCUGCAAUAAACUCUGCGUAUCCACUAGCCCGAGCCCGUUUCACUCUCGCAAUUCUUCGCUGGCGUAGAAAAUACUUUUUUCUCUCUCUACUUCUGUUCUUCACUCUUCAGCGAAACCAGAGACCACUUUCUCUCUCUGUCGAUGGAUUUCUCACCCCGUGGGAAUCGUAAGGGUCCAAGAAGAUCCGAAAUAUACUCUACAGUAGUCAUCCAUGGCGAUAAUUAUGACGACGAACCGGAAAAAGAAGAAAAAUACAGAAGAAGGAAUCCAAUAUCCAAAGGAAAAGAAGCAGAAGAAGAAGUAGAUAUUUAUGCAACAAUGCUUUGUAAAGAAGAUCAUAAUGAAGAUGAUGAUGCUGAAGAAGAUCAUUCAUCAUUGCCUCCACUUCUUCAACGAUUACCCAAAGAUUUUGGAGUUGCUAUGGACGAUUACGACGACGAUUACGACAAUAAUGAUGACGAUGACGAUGGAAAUUACUCAGGUACUAUGAUUGUUAAAAAGACUAAUAAAAACUCUUCUACUUCGUCAUCGUCUACGGCUACUAAACGGGUGAAUCUAUUUGAUUGGAAUAAUGAUAGCAAAAUGAAUUAUGAUGAUGAUGCUGAUAAUAAUGAUUUUGGAACAUUUGUUGUUAGAUCAACUAUUAGGCCUGAUCGUGAAGAAUUUGAUAGUGGUACUGUUGUUAGAAGGACUGUUGGUGGUGGUGGAGGAGGAGAGUAUUAUAGUUCGUCUUCUUCUACGAUGAGUAGGGCAGUUGAGAGUAUGAAGAAAGGGAAUUAUGCUUCUUCAAAAGUCGACAGCACUUUACAAGCUAGAAAGAUUUCUGUUAGUUCCAUUCCUGAUAGUGUUACUAGAGAAGAUCCUUCUACCAAGUAUGAAUUGCUUAAUGAACUUGGGAAAGGUUCAUAUGGAGCUGUUUAUAAAGCUAGAGAUUUGAAGACUUCAGAAAUGGUUGCCAUCAAAGUUAUAUCUUUGUCUGAAGGAGAGGAGGGGUAUGAAGAAAUUCGAGGAGAAAUUGAAAUGCUGCAGCAGUGUAGCCAUCCUAAUGUGGUUAGAUACCUUGGGAGUUACCAAGGAGAAGAGUAUCUCUGGAUAGUAAUGGAGUAUUGUGGGGGUGGUAGUGUUGCUGACCUGAUGAAUGUUACCGACGAGGCUUUAGAGGAGCAUCAAAUUGCAUUUGUUUGUAGGGAAGCUUUGAAGGGUUUAUCAUAUCUGCACUCAAUUUUCAAGGUCCAUAGAGACAUCAAAGGAGGCAAUAUUCUGCUUACUGAACAAGGAGAAGUCAAAUUGGGUGAUUUUGGUGUUGCCGCACAACUUACAAGGACCAUGUCAAAACGCAACACGUUCAUUGGCACUCCACAUUGGAUGGCUCCUGAAGUCAUUCAGGAAAACCGCUAUGAUGGAAAGGUUGAUGUGUGGGCUCUUGGUGUAUCAGCAAUUGAAAUGGCAGAGGGUCUCCCACCAAGAUCAACUGUACAUCCUAUGAGAGUUUUGUUCAUGAUAUCUAUUGAGCCAGCUCCAAUGCUUGAGGAUAAGGAAAAAUGGUCACUUGUCUUCCAUGAUUUUGUAGCAAAAUGCCUUACGAAGGAACCAAGAUUACGUCCUACUGCAACUGAGAUGCUUAAGCAUAAAUUCAUUGGGAAAUGCAAAUGGGGAGCUUCCUCAAUGUUGCCAAAGAUUGAAAAAGCAAGGCAGAUCCGGAUCACUAUGGCUGCGCAAGCACCUGCAAUGGAUGUAUCCGGAGAUGAUAUGGAAGAAAUGCAUAAUCCUAAGUUGAAUGAAGAUUAUGGAGAUACUGUUCCAUCAAAACCUCAGAAUAUUGGAGUUGAAGUUUUAAAUGAACCUCGUGCAGUUAGCAGCCCAAUGAAUCACAAUUUUGAACUGCCUGCAGGUGACUUUGGGACUGUAGUAGUCCACGGUGAAACUGAAGAAGAGAAGCCAGCUACUCAGGCAGCGACAUCAUUCCGAGAGCGAGCAAAUGUUGGAAGUCUUUCCUUCCGUACUUUGGCAGAGACAGCAAUUAACCCAUGGGUGGAUAACAAGCUCCAAGAUGCAGAACCAAGCCCUUAUUCAAAUGCAACGCAUGGGCUGUUGUCUCCUUCUGUUCCUAAAUCUCCCGGACCAAUCGGAAUGAGUACUACUGGUACAUUGAAGACUCCAACUGUCAGCCAGAAAGCCUUGGUGCAAGAUAAACUCUGGUCCAUCUAUGCGGCUGGUAAUACAGUUCCCAUACCAUUCUUGAGGGCAACAGACAUAUCUCCUCUUGCCUUGCUCUCAGACAACAUGCUUGGGAGCAGACAACAGGAUAGCAGUGGAAGCAUCACGAAAGAAGCAGUUCAAGAUCUUUUUAACGGAGACGGGCAGGCUAAAAAAGGACGUAGAGGACAAAAUGAGAUAUCCCUUCCUCCUUACGUGUACUCAAGACUUGCUUCAAGUUCAACAUUAUCGAAUCUGGCCCAGGCUUUAGCGUAUCACAAAACGUGUUACGAGGAGAUGCCUCUCCAAGAGCUACAGGCAUCACAAGAGCAGCAAACUAUUCAGAAUUUAUGUGAUACACUUAGAACUAUUCUUCGGUUGUAGGCUGUGCUUCUUAAUACGAAAGAAUAAUCAGUGUAUUCAUUUUAUGAUUGUUUGUUGUUUGUAUUUUCUUUCUCAACGCAGUUGUAUCUAUUAGAAUUCGCAUUAUGAAAUGAUAAAAGAAAGUCAGAAUAUCUCA